UUGUCCGGAGUAGAAGUAGAAGUUUUUCUCUUUAAUAAUUGUUAAAAUCUUGAUAUAAAUGUAGUGUAAUGAUAAUAAAUAGGUGAAAAUUGUUUAAUAUAGAUAUUUAGUAUUAGUUUUCAAGUAAAAGUUUUUUGGCCACAUGUUUAAUUUUGACGAAAUGUUGAAAAUCAAAAUGCGCUGCCAGUGUACAAAGUCGGCGCAAAGAUGGAAAUUACAGCUAAAUUCACGUUGAGUCACGAACUCCAAAUUGGCAGAAUUGUAAAAAGUUUAUACAAAAAGUAAAUUUUGUUUGUUAAUUAAAAAAAUGAAAGUUUUUAUUGUGCUCCGAGUAAAUUUUCAACAUUUAUGAUUCUUUGGAGAGAAACAAGUUUUUAAGUCGAUUUGUUUCAGUCGAUUGUCAAGGUCAAGUUUAUUGUACUUCUUGCAGUAGUGUUCUUACAAUUAUUGUUGAUCUUAUCCUUCAACCAUGACGCAGUUAGUUUCCUGAAAGAUAAUAAAAUAUUAUCGCUGCUGCAAAGAAUUGAUAUUUUAUUUGGAAAUAUGUAUCAAUUAUCGUUUAUUUUCUUUCUCCUUUCUGGAGCUUGUUCUUUAACUUUAAUCGUCGCAGCUGGACCAAGACAAUGUAGAGGAGAAAAUAAUCAGCCAGUUGAUUGGUAUGUUCUGUACAAAUUACCAAAAAGGCCAGAGAGUAGCAAUAAAUUGGUUCAAAAAGGUGUUGCUUAUCUUUACAUGACUAGUGAGACAAGUAGUCAAAAGUGGACACUAUCUGACAAGGAUAUUAGUUCAAAAAAUUCUAUUCCUGGAAAUACGUUGGCUUCUUUGUACGAUAAUAAACAAGAAGAUGACGAAUUGUGGUUACUCUAUAAUGAUCAACCACCAAAUCGAAGUACAGGAAGAUAUGGCCACGCAAAAGGAGUUGUAAACGUUGACGAUAAUAAGGGUUAUUGGUUAAUUCACAGUGUUCCGAAUUUUCCACCAGCACCAAAUGGUGGCAAAGAACCGAGAAAACGUGCUUCAACGGAAAAUAUAACAACAACGAUUCAAAUACCCGAUGGCUCGUAUGAUUAUCCCUCUACGGGUAAACAAAAUGGACAAAGUUUCUUGUGCAUUUCACUCGAUUUAAAUCAAUUCGAUCUUGUUGGUAAACAAUUGAUGUACAAUCAAAUUACUGUUUACAAAAAUAAUGUACCAAAAGAAUUGGGGAAAAAAUUCUCUGUUCUUGCUCAGGCGGCAAAUCAGGUGCGAAUAAAAACUGCACCAUUUUAUAAUGCCGCGAUUCUCUCGUCCUUGGAACAAACAAGAUUUAUUUCGUUCGCAAAAAGUGCAAAGUGGAAUAAAGAUUUGUACGAUGAUUUUGUUGCACCGGAACUUAAGACUGAUUUAUUGACAGAAACUUGGUUGAAUGGACGAGGAAGAUUACCAUCGGAAUGCAAUGGGUCUAGAGUAUUUAACGUUGAAUCGGUUUAUUUGAAAGAAGUUGACCUCAACUUUAACAGUAGUCAUGAUCAUUCUAAAUGGGCUGUGGCUUCCGAAAAUAAAUCCAAUAGCAAUUGGGUUUGCGUGGGCGAUAUAAAUCGAGCUGAUACUCAAUUCACGAGGGGCGGUGGAACAGUUUGUCUCAAUUUGGCAAAAGUUUGGAAAAAUUAUCGUGAUUCAGUGGCUGGAAUCGAGCCUUGUCCAAAACCGAAAAAAACAUUUUUCCAGAAAUUGAAAAAUUGGUUUUCUUAACAUUAAUUUGAUGGAAGUAUUCUAUCUGAUUUCUUUUUUACUUCUACAGAUAUAUUUCUAUCUGUAAUAUUGUUAUUUUUUUAUAUAAAUUUUUAGAAUAAUUUUAUUAAUAGUUAGUAAAUGUUUUUAAUGUUUUUAAUGUUUAUAACGUUUUUAAUAAUGUUUACAUGUGUAAUUUUCUACAAACUGUAAUACAUGUGCAAUAAAAAGUGCAAUAAAUUUUUCAUGUUGAAAUUAA